UAGAUAAUGUUUUUUCCGUACUGUAUCCUAAUAACUUAAUAAAUUGAUAUUUCCAUUGCAGUUCUUCAUUAUAGAAACUGAGUUCUCAAUACUUCUCAAAAACAGUGUAACUAUAGUUUAGCUACUAUAAGUUAACUUCCCAUCUCUAUUAUUUACUAGUGACUUGUCAUCACAAUUUAAAAUUUGUAAUAAAAUUUUAAAGAAAUUAAAAUGCAAUCGCCUAGUGGUGCCGUACAUGGAUACCCGGGUGGGCCAGUGUUACAGUGGAGUCCUGACAAGAAACAUAGUGAUCGUGAAAGAUGGAUUUGUAUCUAUCCCGCUUAUAUAAACAGCAAAAAGACUUUAGCUCAAGGUAGAAAAAUAUGUAAAGAAAAAUGCGUUGAAAAUCCCACACAUCAAGAAAUAAGAGACGUUUUGGUUGCAGCAGGCUUAAAAGUUGGCGUUGAAAACAAAUUGUACAGCAGAGAAAGAAGUAAAGAAAUGCUGUAUCGCGGCAGAAUAAGAGUACAAUUGAAAAAUGACGAUGAAAGUUUGUGUCAUCCAAAUUUCCCUACAAGAGAAAGCAUUAUGUAUCAUCUAGGUGAAAUGAUCCCUAAACUCAAAACAAGGUUAAACAAAAGCACAGGAGAAACUCCUCAGCAAGCAACUGGGGCCGGUAAGGGCAAAGGCAAAGGAAAGGGACGACGGUGAAUUGUUGAAAAUAUAUCUAAAUAAGUUUUCUAAUAAAUUAAAUUUGUAACAAAAUCAUAAA